CCAAAAAUUUUUAGAAAAGUGAGCUAGAGACGUAAUUGUGAGACAAUAAUAUUAUUGAACCUAAUCAUAAAAUUUUUAAAUUUGAGGGACUUAAAAGAGAAAAAAAAUUAGGAUAAGGAUCGGCUGAUGUUUUUUCUUCUUUCUUUCUUCCUCAGCCACGCGUUUCUGCUCUUCUUCUUCUACCCUACAGCCGAACAAGAAGCCAAGCCACCGACAACACCUACCCUCUUGAGAAACGAAAAUUUCAGAUCUGCUCUGUUCCUUCCCCCUCCGUCCGCUGCUCUUGGCUAUGGGUGUGAAUUUUUCAGGUUUCUGAUCCCCUAAAUUCUCCUUCAAUUUCUGUUGGCUUCCCCAACCCGCCAGCUCCGAUUUUUGCUUGCUGAAUUUUCUGGUACGUGGCAAAUUCUCCAAGUCCGAACUUUACCCAUUUAGUUGUUGCCCCUGCUGAAUUUUAGUCCAGUUAAGUGCUGCCCUGUGCCGUUGAACUUUCUGCUGUACAGUGGAAGAAUUUCGGCAGCAUUAAAACAUUUUUUCAGCUUGAUUCAUGUAGAAAUUAUCUUGAUUGGCUGCUGUUUUUGUCUGGAACUAUCUGCUGUUUGUGUCCAGAAAUUGUACCUGUUGUGGUGCAGAAUUUUGCUGUGUUUUCUGCAAAUUCGCUGCUGUUUUUUUCUCUGCAAUUUGCUACUGUUUUUACUGCUGUUUACUAGAAAAUCCUGCUGUUUUUGCCAUAAAAUUUUACUGUUCACGCAGGAAAUUUUGUUGUUUUGUUGCUGCAUUUUUCUACAAAAUUUCUGCUGUGUUUUCUGCAUCUGCUGCUGUUUUUUUUCUGCAAAUUGUUGCGGCAUUUUUCUGCAUAUUCCUUACUGUUUUCUGCACUGUUAUAACCUUGAAAAAUUCUGCAUUUUCCUAUACUCUUUCUAGUUGUUUCUGCAAUGUUUUUAAGCCAGAAAAAAAUUCUGUAUUUUCCCCAGGAAAAUUCUGCAUUUUACUGCAUUUUUCCUUGCUAUUUUCUGCAUUGUUUUUCCUUAAGAUUUUUCUACUCCUUGCCAAAUUUCUGGAAGUUGCAGUUACUGUUCACGCGUAGUUACUGUUUAUACACUGAAUUUCAAUUAUUUGGAGUAGAAAAGCUCGUGGAAUACAUGAGUUAUACAUGUUGAUAUAAAUAGUGUCAUGAUUA